AUGACUGAUUCUUUUGUUACACUACAAACGUCAUCCAGCACCGUUCAAGGGGUCCAGGAUGAGCGGUUUGGACGACCCGUCUGGCAUUUUCGGGGCAUUCCAUAUGGCCGCAUUCCGAAGAGAUUCCACAAACCGGAAUAUGAUGCGCUCCCGAGGGAACUAGAUGCGACAAAAUUUGGUCCGCAAUGUCCUCAGCCAAAAGUUGACGUUGGCCACCUCCUUCGUCUGCCGCGAAACGUGGAGAGUCCAACCAUUGAAGAAGACGAAUUCAACUGUUUGAACUUGAAUAUCUCUCGCCCAUCGAGCGCAGACAUAAAAGACAAAGGGCUUUUUCCAGUGCUCGUGUGGAUUCAUGGCGGCUCUCAAUGUGUGACAUUUGCAUCAGCUGCGAGCCCAGUGUGCGAUCCCACAAGGUUUGUGGCCGAAUCAGUCGACAACGAUAAGCCCAUUAUCGUUGUCACCUUCAACUACCGCCUCAAUAUCUUUGCCUUUGGGGAUGGUGUAGGAGAAAGGAAUCUCGCCCUCCAAGACCAAAAGCUGGCUCUCCAAUGGGUAUCGGAUAACAUUCAAGAUUUUGGCGGCGAUCCGAAGAAAAUUACACUUGCCGGUGAAAGCGCAGGUGCUGUAUAUGUCCACGCACAUGUGUUAUCCAAGACAGCCCCGAAAUCUGUCUACCAGGCCAUAUUGGCAUCAGGCUCUCUCCAUCUGUCGCCUCCCCAACCACUGGAAGUUGGACAGGGUCUUUUGAAACGGAUUAAAACCGAGCUGCAAGCCAGAGGGGACACAAUGCAUGACGGUAGUGCAGACUCGUUAGUCCAGGCGUUGAUCAACUGCGGAGUAACCUCUAUGUGGCUUCAGGAAGAACCCGACCUCGAUGAUUGGGAGAAUAGAACGGAAAACAUCGAUGGAAUUAUUAUAUCCGAUGUGGAAUAUGAGUCUGCUAUAUGGCGGAGUGGCGUUGACCUUCUGAAGACGGAAGAGAUUGUUGAAAUCAUCCGUGACUGCUCACAAGACGCCCCCAAGCUUAAAGAACUGUAUCAUAUCUACCCUGAACGGCCUGUUUCUUCUAGACUUGGAGUUCUCGACCUUAUCAACGACACAAGAUUCGCCCUUCCCGCAUUGGAGAUUAGCGAGAGAUGGCGCAGAAACAACAAGAGGGUUUACCAGUACAUAGUAGAUGAAGCCAACCCGUGGCAAGCAUCUAGUCGCGCUCAUCACGCCGUGGAUCUCAUCUUCUUAUUCGGUGGGAUCGAUCUGUCUUUCAAUCCUGGCGCCGAUAGAGUCGGGAAGGAGAUGCGUCAAGCGUGGAUGACAUUCAUGUAUGGGGGUAGUCCAUGGCCAGAAUCAUCUAUCCAGGCCUAUGGUCCAUACGGAAAUGUGGAGGAACUUGAUGUGCAAAAGUACAAGGCAAGGCGUCGAGUUCAUUGCUUUGACUAUUUACGGACAAUGGGGACCGCACAAUGCCGACUGUUGAGUGGUAGACUUGGGGCUGGCAGAGUCAGUUUAUUGAAUUGA